GAAGUGAGGCAGAGUUGACAGCUGUUCUGCCCAGCACCUGGUGACAAUGUCUUGAGAAACCCCUCCAGUGUGUGUGCACCUUGCAUCACAGCAGCAGAUGAAGAGGGCCGUGGCUGCCCCAUUGUGGAGUCCCACUCACACUCUUCAAAAGACCCAGCAGCAGGGACAGGGUGCAGCGUAGCAGGGGUGGCAGCAUGGGGGAUUCUGAAUCAGAGUCCACCUUGCACAACAACUCGCUGUGGUGGCUGGCAUGUGGGAUGUUAGCCCUGCUGGCCAACUCUUGGAUUAUUCUCAGCAUCACAGCCAAACAACAGAAACACAAGCCCCUGGAGCUGCUGCUAUGCUUCCUUGCUGGGACCCACAUCCUUAUGGCAGCAGUACCCCUCACCACCUACGCCGUGGUGCAGCUGCGGCGCGAGUCCUCCGACUACGACUGGAAUGAAAGCAUCUGCAAGGUCUUUGUCUCCACGUACUACACCUUGGCACUGGCCACCUGCUUCACAGUGGCCUCUCUUUCCUACCACCGGAUGUGGAUGGUGAGGUGGCCAGUCAACUACCGGCUGAGCAAUGCCAAGAAGCAGGCUCUGCAUGCCGUCAUGGGCAUCUGGAUGGUAUCGUUCAUCCUCUCCACCCUGCCCUCCAUCGGCUGGCACAACAAUGGCGAGCGCUACUAUGCCCGUGGCUGCCAGUUCAUUGUCAGCAAGAUAGGGCUGGGCUUCGGUGUCUGCUUCAGCCUCCUGCUGCUCGGAGGAAUCGUCAUGGGCUUGGUGUGCGUGGGUAUCACUUUCUACCAGACCCUCUGGGCACACAGAAGGCGCCGGCGGUCACACACCACUUUCAACGUGCCCGCCAUUGUCGUGGAGGACGUUCGAGGCAAAAGGAGGUCCUCACUGGACGGCUCUGAGUCAGCCAAGACCUCCCUGCAGAUGACCAACCUCAUCAGCGCUAUUGUCUUCCUGUAUGACACACUCACUGGGGUGCCUAUCUUGGUCGUGAGCUUUUUCAGUCUGCGCUACGAUACGGCCCCCACCUGGAUGGUCCUGGCUGUGCUCUGGUGCUCUAUGGUGCAGACCCUGCUGCUUCCCUCCUUCAUCUGGUCCUGCGAGCGCUACCGAGCAGAUCUCCGCACCGUGUGGGAACAGUGUGUGGCUAUCAUGUCUGAGGAGGAUGGAGAUGAUGAUGGCGUGUGUGAUGAUUAUGGUGAUGGCAGGAUCUGCAAAGUGAGAUUUGAUGCAAACGGUGCUGCAGCUGUGAAGCAGGACUCCCGGGACAUUAAACUGCUACCCAUGCACCACAUGUUGUUGCCCCAGGACAAGGUGCACUACCUGCAGGUCCCUAUCUCCCGGAGAAUGUCACACGACGAGACUAACAUCUUCUCCGCCCACCGCUCUGCUCCAUCCUUCCUACACAAGUGGUCUUCAUCUGAUGACAUCCGCAUCUCCACCCCCCGCAAUCCUGGGGCGCCCAGCUUCUUGCCUCCUCAGGUGCACGACUACCAGCACCGCC